AUGGCAAAUCGACAAUACUCCGACUGGUUAUCGGAUCCAGCAUCAAACACGCAUGGAAGUCAUGCAUCAAUCGGACGCAUUGUCUGGGCAGAUGAUAAUGAUCAUGAUCGAAUUGAUCAAAACAAGACAUCCUUUGCCUGGUAUUGGUGUUUUAAAUGGUGCAUUAUUGGAUCAUUACUAGCUGGAAUAGGUUUAGCUAUUGUACUCACAUUCUGGUUGACGUCAAAAACAACAGAAACAUUAACUACUACUACUACAUUGACAACAGAUACAACUACGACAACAGCAUUACCAACGUGUAAUUCUACAUGUGGUAAUGAUACAACCAUUUUGAGUGUGUCUCUCUUUGCACGAUGGAAUUUUGAAAAUACAUUCGAUGAUUUAAUGUUAACCUAUAAUGGAACAUCUACUAAUGGACCAACAUUUGUAGUAGGCUAUAUAGGUCAAGCUCUUUCUCUUAAUUCCGCAUCGAAUCAAUAUUUGUCAACUUCAUUUAUUCCAAUAAAUUCUAAAAGUUUUACUGUAGAUGCAUGGAUAUAUCCUACUAGUUUUCCAAAUACGAAAGGUAUUCAUACAAUAGCUGGUCUUUGUCCACAACAAAUAGCACAACAAUGUUUUCAAUUUGGUCUUCGUUCCAAUGUAACAAGUUCAACAUCAACAGGAUAUUUUGGUUUAUGGGAAGCUGCUGAUCUUCGAGGAUCAAUGUCUAUACCUAUUAAUCAAUGGACACAUGUUGCAAUUGUUUAUUCAAAAAGUAAAACAAAACAAGUUAUUUAUGUUAAUGGAAAUUUAGAUAAUUCACGAGGAUCUUCAAAUGGUUUUAAUGGAACAUCUGGAACAUUUUAUAUUGGAAAUAAUUAUGAUCUAACAUCAAAUCCUUCUUUUGGAACAAAUAAUUUUCAGGGUUAUAUUGAUCAAUUAACAGUAAGUAAUGGAGUAAGAUCAACAUGUGAAAUUCUCAAUGUUGCUACAAUGGCUUGUCGAUUAUCGUUCGAUAAUAGUACAAAUUUUCUUGCUGAUUCUGGUCCAAAUGAUGUUUCAAUAAAUGCAUACAAUUAUAUAUCAGUCAGUGGAUUAAAAGGAAGUCAAGCUAUAUCAUUUACUACUUCAUCAUCUUCUUAUCUUCAAACAACAGGUUUUCGUUUUCUUUCAUACAAUAAUGCACCUUUUUCUAUAUCUCUUUGGAUUCAACCAACACUCUUACAAGGAACUCUUGUUGGUUCAUCAUUAGGUUAUGAUCCACUGACAUUUGCAUCAAAUGGAUCUCUUAUUGCUCGCGUAGCUACAGUAUCAGUUUCAUAUAAUAUUCCUUUAGAAUUGACACCCAUAUGGUCUCAUAUAGUUCUAACAUGGUCAUCAUCAGGUGGUCUUAACUUAUAUAUCAAUAAUAUUCUUGUUAAAAGUGUAGCAGCUUCAACAUCAACUGGAAGUGGAGCAUCAACAAAUAACUUUAUCUUAGGUGGUGGAUCUUUUUCAGGAACAAUUGAUGAAUGGCGCCUUUAUUCUAGAGAAUUAUCUUCCAAUGAUGUAUGCGCGAUAUUUACAAACUAA